UAGGUUCAUGAAUAACCAGUCUUUUAUGGCUUGUUUUGCAAGAGACAAGUCGGAGAAAGGCGCUUAUAGUGACGUUUUAGGUACAGAUUCCUGGACCGGAGCUGAUGCAUUGCAACACCUAGUUGUGGAUUAACCUUGCAGAUAAAAGCCGCAGGUUAGGGUCACAGUGUGCGUCAGGCUGUGCAGGAUGAAGAGGCUCCGGCUGGUCGUGGUGGGGGCCGGUGUGGUUGGAUUCUCCACCGCUGUCUGUAUAGCUGAGGCUCUCCCUCUCUGCUCGGUGACUCUUCUGUCAGAGAAAUUCAGCCCGGACACCACCAGCGAUGGAGCUGCUGGGAUCCUGUUUGCUGCUGAAUUUCCAGAUGUUCCUCUGGAGAGACAAAGACGCUGGUUCAAAGACAGCUUUGAUCACCUUCUGGCUAUUGCUCAGUCUCAGCAUGCACCAGAUGCCGGCGUAAUGCUGAGCUCUGGCUGUCAGAUUUUUAAGGAAGUUCCAGCCAAUAAGACGCCCUUCUGGUCUGACUUGGUGAUUGGCUUUAGAAUCAUGGCUGAUGGCGAACUGAAGCGUUUUCCAGAUCAUAAAUUCGGACAAGCGUUCACUUCUAUAAAAUGUGAAUGCUCCAGCUACCUUCCCUGGCUGGAGAAAAGGUUUAGAGAGGCUGGCGGCCAAGUGGAGCAGAGGAAAGUUAACAGUUUGCAGGAGCUAAGCGACGGUUUCGACCUCAUUGUGAACUGCUCCGGACUUGGCUCCAAAGAGUUAGUGGGUGACGCAGGCGUGUACCCAGUCAGGGGCCAGGUUCUCCAGGUGGAGGCCCCCUGGUUGAACCACUUCAUCAGAGACGGAGAUGGGAAAACCUACAUCUACCCCGGCAUACACAGCGUCACCAUCGGCGGGACCAGACAGGAGGGAGACUGGCGCCUGCAUGUGGACAAAGGAGACACCCAGAGCAUCCUGGAGCGCUGCGCCAGGCUGGAACCUUCCCUGAAGAAAGCAAAGGUUCUUAGCGAGUGGGUCGGUCUCAGGCCAAGCAGGAGGAACCCGAGGGUGGAGCGGGAGAGGGUGCAGCUGCAGGGCUGCAUGGUGCCGGUUGUUCACAACUACGGCCACGGGGGUUGGGGGGUCACCAUCGCCUGGGGAACGGCUUUGGAUGCCCUGGAGUUGGUCAGAAAGUGCAUUCAAGAAAUGCCUCAACAGGCGAAACUGUGAACCGUUAACCUGCCAAUUUAGAGCAGAGGCUAGUCCUCAUCAAAUCUAACAUCUGAGCACUUUUAGGAUUAUUAAUGAAGCAAAGAGGCCAUAAAAAAAACCCAGCAAGAGGAUAUUUGUGUCUCC